UAUUUUUUAUUGUUGUGAAUGAAAAUGUGGAUUUGGAUUUAUUGAAAUAAAGUUCAUAGAAGCGCUAGUAUAUUGUAACUGAAAUAGAUUACCUUAGUAUACUAGUUACUUCAAGUUACUUGAAAUCAUCGGCCAUGUCCGUAGAUACAGAGGAAGAUCCGGAUAUUUUGCAAAAUUUCACUGAAGUUUUAGACGGACUUGCGGAAGAACUCAAAAAACUAUUUGAUUACCGAGAUUUAUUUUUUGAGAACAACCCAAUUGGAUUGGCUCCUGACAAGAAUAAGCUUGUUGAUGAGAAAAAAGAAAUCCUAAUUGAAAAAUUUGAAAGCAUAGAUGACAGCCAAAUCCCGUUCUCCCUCCGUGCCAGAUUCUUGUACAUGAAGGGCCGGUGCUACAACAUCAGCACUGGCUACGACGCCCGAGCGACCCAGUGCCUCAGUAAAGCGGUGAAGCUGAGUCCGCAGAUGGUGGACGCGUGGAACGAGCUGGGAGAGUGUUAUUGGAAGAACAUGAAUGUGAAAGAGGCAAAGGCUAGUUUUGAGGGAGCUUUGAAACAUGAACGCAACCGCCUCUCCCUCCGCUGUCUCUCCAUAAUCCUCCGCCAGGAAACCGGAGACAAGCGCGAAGACACCGCCUCCACCAUCGCCCGGAGUGUAGAGCUCGCCAGAGAAGCCGUAUCCCUCAACACUAAAGACGGAGUGUCUUGGACAGUGCUAGGAAACGCUUAUUUGUGUCAAUUUUUCCUCGGGGCGCAAGAUCCGGCGAAGCUGAAGCUGUGUAUGAGCGCUUAUAAGCAGGCGUUGAGCGACCCGGUGGCUAAGGGGCAGCCGGAUUUGUAUUAUAAUAAGGGAAUUGCAUUAAAAUUCGAAGAAUGCUACGCAGAAGCGUUAUCAGAUUUCGACUACGCGUGCCGCCUGGAUCCGCCUUGGGAGCUGCCUCGGCAAGAACUAGCUAGACUGAAGCAGUACCUAACGGCCGCUGACGACCUGGCUAGAACGAGAGGCAGGAUAAAGACUAAACGGCUGCAACAGAUGGUUCAGUCCAUAGACAAGAAGAUGCUGGGAGUGUACGCGACGGCGACCAUAGACAACAGCGGCAAGCGCGAGCCCGCCUUCAGCCACGCCACUUUCGACCAGCUGGCCGACGGCAAGAACGCGGGCAAAGUUGUGCUGGGCAAAGUUGUGGGCUCUAUACAUAAUGAGAACGCUGUGCCGUUCACAUUCGCCAUAGUGGACGCCUCGAUGGAGUGCGUCCUCGUCACGGUGUACAACUGGGCGGACGGACGGGGAGCCAUCAUCGGGGACUCCGUGGCCAUACCCGAACCUAAACUAACUACGCACAAACUGGAAGGACCGUUAGCUAAGUACGAUUUCAAGUCCAUCCGCGUGAACAACCCGACGCUCCUCCGCGUGAACGGCAAGCGCGUCGGGCUCGACCAGUUCGCGUCCACGAAGGUCACCAGCACGUACGAGGUGCACUGACGAACCCAACUCAGGUACCACCGCCCACAAUGUUAAGGAGCUGUGCACAAAUCACGCGAGGCUACUUUUUAGGUAGGUUUUUGGCUACCUCCCCUCCUCCCACACAACCUCAGGUGUAUUUUUUUUCAUCGACCUAAUUUUAAGAUAAAUAGUAUUUUAUAUAGAAAAUCUUGUUUAUUUUUCUAUUUUCGUUAAAUAGACUCGCUAUUUUGAAGUGCAGAGUGAAGAUUUAUGUUUAACGAAACCGAGAAAAAGUAUCUACCUACUCAUAUGGUAGGUUUUUUUUUCUUAGUUUCGUUCACUGUAGAAAAAUGCACGUGAGGUUUCCUUAUACCCCCCACCCCCCACGUCUUGAUCUAUCGUGAUUUUUUUCGUGACCCCCCACCCCCUAUCGAUCCUCGCGUGAUUUGUGCACAAGCCUGACAGUUCGUAAACCUUAUUACAAAAGGCAUAAGGUCCACCCAUGGACAGUUAAGAGUGUUGCUGUUUUUACUAACUAUAGUGAGAUCUUAUUUCUUCACAGUAAGGUUUAAUAUUGAUCGACGAUACCUGCAUUUACUUGUUGGUCGUCGAUUAGGCGGUGUCCAUCCAUUACGCGAGGGCUUCAAAUCUCAAACACUCCGCACGUAAUUAAUGGACGUCCCCUUAUAUUGUUUAUUUUCUACUAUCUAUCCUGCAAAAUGUAAAGUUAAACCAAGAAAAGUCUGCAGAGAUUUCGACAGCACACGCAAAUUAUGACGUAUAAAUAACACUGGCACUGCGUCAUCAUCAUCAUCAUUUCAGCCUAUAUACGUCCCACUGCUGAGCACAGGCCUGCUCUCAUGCGCGAGAGGGCUUGGGCUAUAUAGUCCCCACGCUAGCCCAAUGCGGAUUGGGGACUUCACAGACACCUUUGAAUUUCUUCGCAGAUGUAUGUAGGUUUCCUCACGAUGUUUUCCUUCACCGAAAAGCUAGUGGUAAAUAUCAAAUGAUAUUUCGUACAUAAGUUCCGAAAAACUCAUUGGUACGAGCCAGGAUUUGAACCCGCCACCUCCGGAUUGAAAGUCAGGCGUCAUAUCCACUCGGCCACCACUGCUUUUUUCUCUGCUGACUUUUUUUUUUGCACUGUUUUUUUUCUGCUUUUUUUUCUGGCACUGCGUGUACUGUCAAAAUCUCUGCGGACUUUUCUUGGUGUAACUCUAACUGUAUGGUUGCGAAAUAUUCUGGAAUCAUGAAUACUAAUAUGUACCAAUUGUACAGUUGGAUAUGCCCCACUACUGUAAUAUGUUUGUCUCAUUCGACGUUUCAAAUCUAUACAGAUCAAUCGUAAAAUCGCCGUACAUACAAUUUUCAAAUUGACAAUUGGAAAUUGUAAAAAAAUAGAGAACGGGUUGGCAUAUUUCCCAAGAAAAAAGUCUUUUUAAAUAUGAAUGUAAAAAAAUCGUGUGUGUAUAUUAUAUUAUUGUGGUCAUAGUACUUGAAAGUAAGUGCGAUAUGACAUAUUUUAUAUUUUUAUAUCGCUUUGAUUGCUAUUUUUAUUCUAUCCUUAAAUUAUGUGAAAGUACAACUUCGAACAUUUUAAUUCAAUAUUUUUUAGAUAUAUAAUUCGUGUUGGUAUCUAAUGUAGAAGAUUUAAAUAUGAUUUGUCAGUUUUACCAGUAUUUUCAUUUUAUGCAUCAUUGUGUUAAAUAAUCUGUAACUAGGUACCUAUUUAGGUACCUGUAUAUAUUUUACUAGGUAUUAAAAAGGUGUGUAUAAAAUAUAUAUGUGACGUUCCACGGCAAAAUGGCGUAUGGCGGCUGGCGCUUACGUCGCAUAGCGCCGCAAUAAUAUUGGAGUGGCACUAAUAAUAGCGUAAGCGCCAACCGCGAUAAGGUACCUUUACCCGUGGGGCGUCACAUAUUUGAACGAAGAAGUGCAAUACUGAUGUGCUAUAAAGUUAUGAUAUAUGUUGAUACCUUUUACAAAGUGAUUUUGUUAUGUUUGACCCUUAGACCCUUAGAGUAUUUAAUAACUGGAGUCGCCUUUAAGAGCUUACCCCUCUGCCGAAAACCUCUUUUGUAUUUACUGCAUGACAUGGCUAUUUGUACGUUACGUAGAAAUCAUGUAAAAAUGGCAAUACAUUUGACGUCCCCUCCCCCGCAAAAAUCGGCAGACUGUUUCGUACAGAAAAUGACAGUCAUGACGUCUCCAGUUACUAAAUGCAAGGUUUGACCAUAUUUACUCUGAAUUUGUAAGUAGCUUAUGUAGGUCAUACUGAAUAACUUUUACUUUGGGGCCAACCCCGAGAACAUAAAAAAGUCUGGUGUCUCAUACGUUUACUUCCUGUGGAACAGCAAAUUUUUAUCCGAUUUUAUGGCAUAAUUUUUGCGUGUGAGUAUGAAUUUUAGGUUGUAAUCAUAAUAAAAAUGUGCUAAAUAUGAUCAUAGGAGUCAAUGUACAGUCAGCUGCAGAGAGAGUUGACCCCCCUUGCAAACAAAUUUCUAUGCAUGUGGCGUCAUCUGACUGUACAUAGGUGUCAUAGGUAUAAGCUGAACUAACACUAAUAGCCGAGAUUAUAUGAAAACUUUUGAUGUAUAAGAUGUGUAAAAUCAAAGACCAAUUCGUGUCUCGAAUUUGACAGCUGAUGUAGAAUGUAGAUGGCGUUGUAAAUUAUGCGGUAACUCUGGUUGCCAAAACUUGAAUUUGACAAUCCAGUGAAGACAAAAUAUGGCACUGUGCAGCGCUAUAUAUUUCAGCUGUCAAACUAUGGGCAUUUCUCUAAUAGUACAGUCGCCAUCAGAUAUAUAGGAGCGGCAGAGGUUUUCAAAAACAUCUGAACACGCACUCUAACGCGUUGAUUAUAGAGGAGUGUUUAGAUAGUUGUGAGCCUUGGCCGCUCCGAUAUUUCUGAUGGCGGCUGUACACAUCCAUCGCCCACAAUAUUAACUGUACAUCGGUGGACCUUAUGCCUUUUGUAAUAAGGUCCACCGAUGUACAGUCAGCCAAGAAAGGGGUUUACCACAUUCUUGGCUGACUGUACAGUUAGGAGUGUUGCUGCUUGUACAAUUAAUAAGUCUUUAUUUUUCAUAUAAAUUGGUGUUAUUGCUUAUAAUUAAUGUAUUGUAAGGGAUAGCUGGGAUAAAAAACGUAACAAAUAGCUAUAAUAAUACAUAAUAAAAUACUCUGAGCUUAAAUUAUAUUUCACGGAAAUAAAAUGUAAUAUUAAUAAUAAAA